CGGCUAGCAUUCAAAGAUAGAGAGAGAGUAAAAACUGAGAACGAAGAGAGAGGCCGAAGUCUCAAAGCCAUUUUUGCUGGUGGUGCAGCUGCUUUCUUUCUUUCUAGCACUUUGACUAGACUAAGACUACUACUACCAUCUUCUGCUGCUGCUGCUGCUGCUGCUGCUUUCUGAAGCACUUUCUUACGCAUCAUCAGGGUUAAUGUACUUAACCAACUAUGGAGAUAAGCACAUUGAAUUAUGCGGCCGGCGGUCACCCAUUUCAGUUGUCCUCCACUUCAACGCCACCAACUAUAACUGCCAAACAACACCUCCUCCUCAGCCGUAACACUCCUCCUCCUUCCUCUACUCUUUCAAACUUCUUUCUUCUCCCCGUGAGCUGCCCUUUUUCUCCAUUUUCUCGCUUCACUUACAUGUCUAAGCUCUCCUGCCAUAAAAAAUUCCAAAGGACCCCCAUUUUAGCUUCCUCUUCUUCUUCUUCUUCUGAUUCUACUAGUAAUGAUAACCCUCUUGACCACUCCGCUUCCGAUGCUGCUGCUGGCUUCUCUUGGCUCCAUCUUUCUCGCCGCUUCUUUACAAAUUUCAAGCAACAAACCGGUAUUGAUUUUCAACAUGACGCUAUUGCUAUACUGGCUCAGCUCGCUGCUCCACUUCGUCGCUCCGUCCAGUUGCCCCACUUUGCGCUGGAAAGGUUUAGGUCCCACUUACUUCCCGAUUUCGUCAACUGGAAUAAAUUGGAUCGCUGGAAGGACGUGAAGAAUUGGGAAGCCAAGAGAAUUGGUGUUCUAAUUCUUUAUGCACUUGUUAUGGUGGUUUCUUCUCGAGGAAUUUACAAGGCAAUUCAAGCACCUGUUAUUGAUCGAGAAAGAAGAGAGCUGGCUGAGGCAUAUAUGGAGGCUCUCAUUCCCGAGCCUACUCCCACAAAUGUCAGAAAGUUCAAAAAGGGUUUGUGGAGGAAGACAACUCCAAAGGGCCUAAAACUCAAAAAGUUUAUUGAAGGACCUGAUGGAACGCUUGUUCAUGAUAGUUCUUUUGUUGGGGAAGAUGCAUAUGAUGAUGAUGAUCAUCCCCGGGAGAGUGUAAAAGAAAUUAUAGACCAAGAUGUGAAAUUGAACAAAGAAGAGAAGAAGGUUUUGAAAGAAGAUUUAACAAUUUUGGGAGAAAAUCAGGAGAGUCGAGGAACUUGGCGUGAAAGGCUUCAAGCAUGGAAUGAAAUCCUUCAGAAGGAUAAGUUAGCUGAACAAUUAGAUUCAUUGAAUGCCAGAUAUGUAGUCGAGUUCGAUAUGAAAGAAGUUGAGAAUAGCCUGCGCAAAGAUGUUCUUGAAAAGGUCAAGGACAACCACGGAAACCGAGCGCUGUGGAUUUCUAAAAGAUUGUGGCGCUACCGCCCUAAACUUCCUUACAUGUAUUUUCUUCAAAAACUUGAUUCUUCUGAGGUAGAUAUUCCACUUGAUCCUUAUUUGUUUGAGAUGAUAUCAAGUUCUGGAGCAGAAGUUGAUCUCCUCCAAAAACGGCAGAUUCAUUACUUUCUUAAAGUUGUCUUUGCUUUGCUGCCUGGAAUACUGAUAUUGUGGUUCAUAAGAGAAUCUCUGAUGCUUCUUCACGUCACUUCAAGACGUUUCCUUUAUAAGAAGUAUAAUCAACUCUUUGACAUGGCUUAUGCUGAAAAUUUCAUUUUGCCAGUAGGGGAAGUUGGGGAAACAAAGUCUAUGUACAAAGAAGUAGUACUGGGAGGAGAUGUCUGGGAUCUACUAGAUGAGUUGAUGAUAUUCAUGGGAAAUCCCAUGCAUUAUUAUGAAAAAGAAGUGAAGUUUGUGCGGGGUGUGCUUCUCUCUGGACCUCCUGGAACAGGCAAAACACUUUUUGCCCGAACUCUUGCAAAGGAAAGUGGGUUGCCUUUCGUUUUUGCUUCUGGUGCAGAGUUUACAGACAGUGAAAAAAGUGGUGCUGCAAGAAUAAAUGAAAUGUUUUCUAUUGCUAGGAGAAAUGCUCCUGCUUUUGUUUUUGUUGAUGAGAUUGAUGCUAUUGCUGGGAGGCAUGCCCGAAAGGAUCCACGAAGAAGAGCAACAUUUGAAGCUCUUAUUGCUCAGCUUGAUGGAGAGAAAGAAAGAACAGGUGUUGACAGGUUCUCAUUGAGGCAAGCUGUCAUAUUCAUCUGUGCUACUAAUAGGCCAGAUGAAUUGGACCUAGAAUUUGUUCGGCCUGGACGUAUUGACCGUCGUUUAUAUAUUGGAUUACCUGAUGCAAAGCAACGUGUACAAAUUUUUGGUGUGCACAGUGCUGGUAAACGACUUGCAGAGGAUGUUGAUUUUGAGAAGCUUGUAUUUCGGACUGUUGGAUAUUCAGGAGCAGAUAUUAGAAACCUGGUGAAUGAAGCUGGAAUAAUGUCGGUGAGAAAAGGGCAUACUAACAUCUACCAGCAAGACAUUGUAGAUGUAUUGGACAAGCAACUGCUUGAGGGUAUGGGUGUGCUUCUCACGGAGGAAGAGCAGCAGAAGUGUGAACAAAAUGUGUCUUUUGAAAAGAAAAGACUUCUGGCAGUACAUGAAGCUGGACACAUAGUCUUGGCACACUUGUUCCCUCGUUUUGAUUGGCAUGCAUUUUCUCAGCUUCUACCUGGUGGCAAGGAAACUGCUAUAUCUGUGUUUUAUCCUCGAGAAGAUAUGGUUGAUCAAGGUUAUACAACCUUUGGCUACAUGAAAAUGCAAAUGGUAGUUGCUCAUGGUGGGCGAUGUGCUGAACGUAUUGUAUUUGGGGAUGAUAUUACCGAUGGUGGACAAGAUGAUCUGGAAAAGAUUACAAAGAUUGCUCGAGAAAUGGUGAUAAGCCCCGGAAAUCCUAGGUUGGGGCUUACAGCUUUGACAAGAAGACUUGGACUGGUUGAGAGGCCAGAUAAUCCUGAUCGUGAGCUUAUUACAUAUAAGUGGGACGAUCCUCAUGUUAUUCCUGCUGAUAUGACAGUUGAAGUUUCUGAACUAUUUACCAGGGAGUUGGCAAGAUACAUUGAAGAAACAGAAGAAUUUGCAAUGAAGAAAUUAAUGGAGAACAGGCACAUACUAGACAUGAUUGCAAAGGAACUUCUUGAACACUCAAGGAUAACUGGAUUGGAAGUUGAGGAAAAGAUAAGAGGACAAUCGCCAUGUAUGUUUGAAGAUUUUGUGAAGCCUUUCCAAAUAAAUUUGGCUGAGGAUGGACCAUUGCCUCACAAUGACGGUGUGCGUUAUCAACCGCUGGACAUCUAUCCUGCACCACUUCACAGAUGCUAGGUAGGGGUUCAUCCUCCCAAAUGUGUGAUUGGUUGGGAUUCAUAGCAUAAAUUCUUGAAUCAAGAAAAAAAAAUUAUGGGAUUCAAGAAGGAUAAAGCAAGCUCAUUCUCGUAUGUCCUAAACGUUCCUAGAGAAGAUACUCCCCUGGUCGCCCCUAAUGGCUAUCAUCUCUCUUCCCAGAGCAAGACUUCUGCUAAUGUCUUCAUAGCUAUAGUGGGAGCAGGUGUCCUUGGCCUACCCUACAUAUUCAAGAGAACAGGGUCACGUGUCCUUAUGCUCUCCUCGGUAGCCUUCCUCACGUACCACUAUAUGAUGCUCUUAAUCCACACACGGAGAAGACUUGAAUCCUGUCUUAAGUCUCCAAAGAUCAAAGAUAUAAUCACGACCAAUUUUGGGCAGGGACUAUUGAGCAGCCUUUGUUGGGUUGGGUUUGUGCAUUAACCUAUUAACCUAUUCUUUACUUUCCCACUGAUGAUGAACCCUGUUUAUGAGGUGGUGGAGAGGAGAUUCUGUGAAGCCAGGUAUUGCUUGUGGAUGAGAUGGGUUACGGUUUUGGGAGUGACGGUGGUGGCUCUCCUGGUGCCAAAUUUUGCUGAUUUCUUGUCUCUAGUUGGGAGCAGUGUAUGCAUCGUUCUGGGUUUUGUUUUGCCGGCUUUGUUUCACUUGAUCGUGCACAAGGAAGAAUUGGGGUGGCAAGGUUUGGCUCUAGAAGUGGCAAUUAUAGCGCUGGGAUUAGCAUUUGCCGUCUGCGGAACAUGGAAUUCCUUGAAAGUAGCGCAUGAUAGAAUUUUUAGUGUUUAAAAUUUUAUUAGAGUUAUUGUUAAAUAAAAUUCCACAAAAUAGUAGCUUUACUACAGAAUCUUUAAAUAGAAAUUACGGAAAAUUCUAAAAUGAAAUUAAGUAGUAAAAAGGGUAAAAAAAUAGGUCGCUCACAAAUUCCGCCAGCCAAUGUAUUCUUACAAUUACUGCUUGAGACAAUGGAAACACUAUCAAAAUUGUAACACAUCAUUUCUAGGGCUUGAUUUGAUUUACGAAAAAAAGGACAAAAAUGAAAAUUUUGGAAUUCAUAAUGAAACA